AUGCAGUUCACUACCAUUACUUCCCUGCUCUUUGCUACCAGCGGCCUUGCCAGCGCUGCAUCCCUCCGCCCUCGCCAGGAGAGCUGUGCCUCCAACACAGUGGGUGACUACACCUGGAGGAUCAGCCGAUUUGUCGGUCGCAAGCCUGAAGCUACCGACUACAACAUGAUUUCUUUCCAUAUUUCGUCCACCAAUCCUGGAUCUUCUUUCGAACAAGAUUGUACUGCCAGGGCCGACCGCAUUCAGGAUAGCGUCUACUAUUCAUGCGGCACCGGCUUCGAAUUUGCAUUCGUUAAUGAAUACAACGGCUUGAUUUUCAAGUACGGCACAGACAACCCGAUCACGGGCACCGUUGCUCUCCCUGUCAUCUGCCGUGCGGGUGGCGCAGGCGCCAAUGACCAAGUCUGCGAGACUUUCCAGGACCGCUACAUCACGAUGCUUAGGCUCCCUAGCAACUAA